GUGGAAGGCGAGGACAACGUAAAGAUUAAGGAACGAAUCUAUGAGACGCUUCGGAAGGAACCACUCUUCUCUCGCAACUACGAUCGGCCAUCGCUCGUACAACUUAGGGAAUUGAACCAUAGACGUUGGAAAAGGAUUAUCGAGAUGGAUCUGCCGCUUGACGUGUUUGGCAUGGCAAUAGCGUCAAUGUGCACAAAACGACAUGAAGAGAUCUUGGAGAAAACCAGAAGGAACGAGGUUACACUACUGUUAAACAUUUGUCCUGUACAAGAUAGUUGGCUGCUUCUGUCUAACAGAGAUCGGCCAUGGAUCCAAUAUACGGAAAUCCAAACAACGGCAACCUUUGACAACGGCGAAUUUGUGAUUAAUUGCCCAUCUGAACAGGCUAUCAAGUGCUGGGCCGGGAACUUAUCACAUUCCGCGACCCAUGCGGUCGUUUUCGCUCAGUUAUACGUCCAGGGCAAAUGUGAAGGAGUUCAUGCGUUUGUGCUGCAAGUCAGGAACCCGAAGACUUUUGAGCCACUUCCUGGUAUUGUCAUUGGUGAUAUGGGCGAGAAACCUGGCGCAUGGAAUGGGGUCGAGAAUGGUUGGAUGGAAUUCAAGAACCAUCGCGCUCCAUUGUGGACACUACUGAACAAAGGUUGUGACGUGACAGCCGACGGAAAAUAUGUUUCCAACUACAAAUCGUCAGCCGAAAGGCAGUCCGUCAGUUUAGGAGCGUUAUCGAUCGGGAGGAUUGGUAUUAUCGGUAAAGGAGUCAUAGCAAGUGGACUAGCUUCAACGAUUGCCAUUCGUUACAGUGCUUGUCGACGGCAGUUUGGCAAGAACAAAGGAGGUACGACACAAUUUGAAGGCAGGCUGUGUGUGCGGGAUUUGCGGGGCGAGCAGCAUGGAGGCAUCUCAUUGCGGCGUGUCUUCUUACCUGUCGUUUACGAGGCUGUCACGGAAGUCCCGUUCACGUUCUUUACGAAAAAUCGCUUGUAG